AUGGCUGGCAACCUUCGUCCGCCAACAGCACCAUAUAGCGAGCCCCUUCUCCCACAACUCGACCUCCGCAACCCGUACUACACAGACUUGCACCACAACCUACGCGCCACCGUGCGCGAAUAUGUAGACACAUACAUCGCAUCAUACGCACAUGAAUGGGAAGAAGCAGGCCAAGUCCCUGAAUCUGUCCGAAAACGCCACUGCAAGCUAGGCUAUGGCAUUGUGCACCCACUCACAAGCGAAGAGGACUGUGCUGGCCUGUCACUGCCUGGAGACGUGCCACGUGAGAAAUGGGAUACAUGGUGCUCAUUGAUUGUCUCGGACGAACUUACGCGUGUGGGAUACGUUGGUGUGGUAUGGGGACUUGGAGGGGGCAAUGCGAUCGGGUGUCCUCCGGUCGCGCGGUUUGGGACCAAAGAGCAGAGACAGAGAUGGCUUCCUGGUGUUGCAAGGGGAGACAUUAGGUUUUGUUUGGGAAUCACCGAGCCUGAUGCUGGCUCUGAUGUGGCUAAUAUUAGGACUACCGCUCAGCGAGACGGUGAUCACUAUAUUGUUAAUGGUGCGAAGAAGUGGAUCACAAAUGGUGUUUGGGCUGAUUAUUGCACUGCUGCCGUUCGAACUGGUGGGCCUGGUAGGUCUGGGAUCAGCCUACUCGUUAUUCCUCUCGCUGUUCGAGGAGUGAGUCGCAGACGCAUGCAUAACUCGGGCGUCAAUGCAAGUGGCUCAACCUUCAUCGAGUUGGAUGAAGUGCGCGUCCCUGUCGCAAAUCUCCUCGGACAAGAGAACAAGGGAUUCCCGCUGAUCAUGUCAAAUUUCAACCCAGAGCGCUUAGCUCUCGCCUGCGCAUCCUUACGACUUGCUCGCGUCUGUGCCGAAGACGCAUUUAAGUACGCCGUCCAGCGUGAGACAUUCGGGUCUCCUCUAAUCGAAAAACAAGCCAUCCAGUCCAAAAUCUUUAAAUUUGGCCUCAUGAUUGAGCCGGCUUAUGCUUUCAUGGAACAGCUGGUCAAUAUCCUUGAGAGCACCAAGAAUCGUAAAUCUGACGACGUCAACAUCGGCGGCAUGACUGCGUUGCUGAAGGUCAUGUCAACAAGAGCUCUCGAGAAGAGUGUCCGUGAAGCUCAACAAAUUCUUGGAGGGGCAGGCUAUAACAGGGCUGGAAAGGGCGCUAGAAUCGAGCAGAUCAGUCGUGAUGCUCGAGUCCACGUGGUUGGGGGUGGAAGUGAGGAAAUUAUGGCCGGACUGGCGCUAAGGGAGGAGACAAAGGCACUCCGUACCAGAAGAGCUGCGUUGGAGAAGAGAGCUUCCAAGGUUUGA